AUGGGUUGGCCGAAAAGAUCGUGGAAACGUUUACGACUAAAAGCCCACAAAAUAAUGGCUUCUGAAAAACAGAAUGAUGCAAUGAACCCUCCGACUUCUCAGGUUGAACCAUAUCCAACUUUGUGUCCAAGUGUUACUACUCUUGCUUCUAAUUCAAAAGUGUCCACUCCUUCAUUGUUGCUACAUUCUUCGUGUGAAGCGUCAGCAGGUACGGUGAUGCGUUCGAUGGACUCACGAUGUACCGAUUCGGCCGCGACAAGCCAUACAGUUUACGGUCCGCAAAUCGUCCAUGUUUGUUCGCGGGCUGUAAUCAGUGCAGAACCCGUGGACAGAUCGGUGCCUUCUGAACAGUCAACCUUACCGGUCGUACUAACAACAGCCAAUUGCCCUCGAGUGUUUGAGGUUCCUAAUAACGAUCUGAUCCAUAGUGAGGAUCGGAUCGAGCUUCUCGAUUCGAGUGAUGAUGACGAGUCGGAGGAGAAUAGUCAGAUCCAUAAACCCCCAGAUGAGAACCAAUCUUCACCUCAGAAUAUUCCGAAUACGCUGGAUGUUCAUGCCACAUUAUUAGAUCAAAGAUCUACAUUUGAACCCGCGUGUUUGACAGAAGCGGAAUUACGCAAUCGAAUCACACUAUACGAAUUGCGAUUGGAAAUUCUGGAGCUUAAACGCGCCUAUUGGUUGCAGAAACUGCAUUCCUUAUGA